AACAGCUGACAGACGGAGAAAGCCACUAGCUUUCUGUUGGGUGGCUACGACUCUCGUGUCGCGAAACAACGGACUUCGAAGGGUGACUUUUAAAGCACCUUCUCGCAUCGAUCGUAAUCAUUGGAUUCAAAAAGAAGAAGAAGGAGAAGAAGCUGUAUUUCUUUCGAGCGGCUUUCAGUUCGGAAGGCGAGGGGGGACAUUGACGCGGUCAGGUGCUUCUUUUGACAAUAAAUAGUUGACUGGGGCUGCUGCAUAUGUCGUAUCGGAUCCAGUGACGCUUCCAAUCCUGCCCUCCCGGCCGAGCCCAAAUGCCGAGGAAUGGAUAGUGCGGCUGCUACCGUCGGCGGGAACAUGGUGGAGAGUGGCGAGAAGCCGGAGUCGAGGGACAGUGACGGUGGCGAAGCGGGCGACGCGGACGCGGCCAUGGCUGCGCUCCACCAGUGCGAACUGAUCCAGAACAUGAUAGAUAUCUCCAUCUCGAGUUUACAGGGGCUCAGGACCAAAUGCGCCGCGUCCAACGACCUCACGCAGCAAGAAAUCCGCACAUUGGAGGUGAAGCUGGUGAAAUACAUCUGUAAACAGCUACAGUGCAAACUCAAAGUGCCAGAGACGGAGAGGCCCGACAACUUGGACAGCUAUCCACGCUUGCGAGACUGGCUACGCACCAUCAACUUACGACCGGAACUCAUCCAGGUAGUGGAAGCAAAGUUCUCCCUGGAUGCCUUACUGCAGAUGGCAAGUGCUCAGGUGAGGGACACCAUGAAAAGGCUUGGAUUCACGUCAGAAGAAUGUGCACGACUAAGUGCUGCCCUCUCCUGCUUAAAAAGUGCAACUGAAGCCGGAGGUGAAGUGAAGGACGACGGCACGGCUUGGUUGUCCGAGGCCACCAGGAGGGACAGCGGUUCUCUGCUGACCGCCGAUCAGCUCUCCGGCCUGGGAAAUCCGAUCCGACCGCUCAGUCCUUCGCCUCUCGCCCGCCCUUCCAGCAUCCAUUCCGUGCCCUCCACCCCCUGCGCUACUUUUCCUCAUCCCCGCUCCGGCUCAGUGUCGGCAGUCCCCACGCCCGAGCCGCAGACGCCGCACCUCCGUGCCGAAAGCCCCUUAGCCAACGCGUCCUCGGCUCGCUCGGCCCGGCUCCACGGCCACACUCGCACGCCGCCCGUCACGCCGCCGUCAAAGCGGCGUCACCGACUGAAGCCUCCGUGCACGCCGCCACCUCCGUCACGCAAAGUGCUACAUCUGCUCCCCAACAUCACCCUCACGCGCAGCAAAAGUCACGAAUCGCAGUUGGGCAACCGCAUUGAAGACCCGCUCGCCAACAAAUGUGUCAAAAAGAACAAAAUCCUCUUGAAUAUGCAAAUCAAUGGGAACGGACAUGAGGACAUGCCUUCUCGCUACCCUCCUGUUCCUGUACGGACCCCCGGGGUACCCCCAGCUGCAACCACCGCACCUUACACGCUCCCUGGAACGCCCACCCUAUUGGAAGAACAUAGCAUCAUUAAGAAUAACAAAACAGUUCACCGCAGCUCUCCACAAGCUGUGAGGAGAGACAUUGGCCUCGCAGUCACACACAGGUUCUCCACCAAGUCCUGGCUCUCCCAGACAUGUCAGGUGUGUCAGAAGAACAUGAUGUUUGGGGUUAAGUGCAAACACUGUCGAUUAAAGUGCCACAAUAAAUGCACAAAGGAAGCUCCAUCCUGCAGAAUCUCCUUUCUUCCAAUUGCCAAAAUUCGAAGGACGGAAUCCGUACCAUCCGAUAUAAACAACCCGGUGGACCGUCCUCCAGAAGCUCCGCAGUUUGGGACAUUGCCAAAGGCCAUUACCAAAAAGGAUCAUCCUCCCGUCCUGAACCAGCUGGACUCCAGCAGCAAUCCGUCCUCCACGACCUCCUCCACGCCCUCUUCCCCGGCACCUUUCCAGCAGAGUAACCCUCCGAGCGCCACGCCGCCACCCAACCCCUCGCCCAAAGGCCAUCGGGACAACCGCUUCAACUUCCCAGCUGCCUGCUACUUUCAACAUAGACAGCAGUUUAUCUUCCCCGAUGUUUCCAGUCCUGCUACUUUGCAUCCUGAUAUUCUGAAGGACACAGUCAAUGAGAUCGAGCCGUCUGUAGAGGACAUCCAUGCUGAUCUGGUUGAAGAUGCCGAUGAAGAGGAAGAAGAGGACGAGAUCGAAGUGGAAGACGAAGACCCCGAAGUGGACGAGGACAACGAGGAGGAAGAAGAGGAGAUUUGUGACGAAGGGGAAGACGAGGAGGAAGGCCAAGAGAUCCGGAUAAACUCGGGCUCUGACGGCGAGUGCGAAAUUGACAAGGUGGAGGAGCUUCCCUACUCGCGGGGGAACCAGUGGAAGGUUCCCAUCUCCCGAAAGGCCAGCCAGACCAGCGUCUACUUGCAGGAGUGGGACAUCCCUUUUGAGCAACUGGAUCUUGGAGAACUCAUAGGCAAGGGCCGCUGGGGCAAAGUGCAUAAAGGUCGGUGGCACGGCGAAGUGGCCAUCCGACUCCUGGAGAUCGACGGCAACAAUCAGGACCACCUGAAGCUCUUUAAAAAGGAGGUGAUGAACUACAGGCAGACCAGACAUGAGAAUGUGGUGCUCUUCAUGGGGGCUUGCAUGGCCCCGCCCCAUUUAGCAAUCAUAACUAGUUUUUGUAAAGGAAGGACACUGUAUUCAGUCGUGAGAGAUACCAAAAACACGUUGGAUAUCAACAAGACCAGACAAAUCGCCCAGGAGAUUGUCAAGGGAAUGGGCUAUCUGCACGCUAAAGGAAUCGUCCACAAAGACCUGAAGUCCAAGAACGUUUUUCACGACACCAAUAAGGUUGUGAUCACAGACUUUGGGCUUUUUGGAAUCUCUGGUGUUGUUCAAGAAGGGAGACGGGAGAACCAACUCAAGCUUCCGCACGGCUGGAUUUGUUACCUGGCACCGGAAAUAGUGCGCAAGAUGAGUCCGGGUAACAACGAGGACCGGCUUCCUUUCUCCACUGCGGCGGACGUGUACGCUUUUGGCACUAUUUGGUACGAGCUCCAAGUAAGGGACUGGCCAAUCACCAACCAGCCGGUGGAAGCGACCAUCUGGCAGGUGGGCAGCGGAGAAGGCAUCAAAAAGAUAUUGUCAGAAAUCAGUCUGGGGAAGGAGGUCACGGAGAUCCUCUCGGCCUGCUGGGCUUACGACCCACGGGACCGGCCCCCUUUCACGCAGCUUGCCGAAAUGCUGGAGAAGCUGCCCAAACUCAACCGCAGGCUCUCUCACCCGGGACACUUCUGGAAGUCAGCAGAGUUGUAGCGGCAAACAUAAGCAAUGCAACACAAAGCCUGGGUCUGCCUUGCAUGCUCCCGUCUGCAGGAUUGUUCAAAACAUUGCCUCUUCUUCCCCAUCGACACGCCCACCCCCUUCCUUCUCUUGUCUUGUUUGGAAAAGAGAGUGUCUGGAGUGAGGCGUUGCACACUUUGUCUCCUAUAUUUGGCUAACCUUGAGGUGUUGAUUGAGAAAUGCACACUCAAGAACUUCUUCUCUGAAGGUUUGAAUUGUUUGGUGCUCGCGUGAUGUGUUUAAAGCAAGGGCAUAGGUUUGGUCUCAGCAUUGGUAGGGUCCACUUCUGUGGGGCGCUGGAGCACCCCUAGACUCAAACUAAAGUAUUGUAAUAUAAAGUGAUUCGGGAAAAAAAUAAUGAAAAAUAAUCUGAGAUAUCCAAGGACCAAUCUACAUCUCAGGCAUACUAGACUACCCCAAGACUCGAACCAAAGUUCCAUGAAGUUCUGAUGUGUGAUAUCAUUUCACUUUUUUUUUUUUUUUUUUUUUUAAUGUAAGUUCAAGUUUAUGUCAGCGUCCCCCUGAAGUGGACCCAUUCUUGGGUAGCUCCCCAUUUUUUUUUUUUUAAUAGAGGGACUCUGAAGCUGCCGCAGUGCUUUACCGUAAUGCACAUAAUGCAAACAAUGAUCCAAAUGAGGGACGGCUAGCUUGUCAUGGUUGUUCCUUGUGUAGGCUGGCCUGACCGCAGUAGUUUUGCAGGUUUGCAACUUCACAUACGACAACUACCAAGGGUGGAUCAGUUGAUACAAAUCACUUUUGCAUCCAGAGAAGGUCAUCUGACUCUAAGCAGCAUAUUUUUUGUGAGCAUUGAGGUCUUCGUUAGUCAUUUCCAUUCACACUCGCAAAAUCACAAGGUUGGAUUGCUCCAAUUAGCAUCUUGAGUAUUUGCAGGGUAGGGCUGCCUCGGCUUUGUCGGACAAUGGACCGCUCAGGCAGGCGAUCGGGCGGACAACCUUUUUACUGUAUGUUUUAAUGUUUGGUAACUGCUCAGUAUGGUUGUCAAAUGUGACCGAAUUGUGCAUGAUUUGACAAAAUUGGGAAGAUAUCAGAACACUUUUUUUUUUUUUUGCUGUGGAUUUGUUGCGGAGGAUUGCCAUGUGGUGCCAUGUUGGAACUUUCAGUGACCAGUAUGAGAGAGUGUGAGAGCUGCACUACAAAUUUGAACACACCUGCUCUCUAUGCACACCUGGACCUAGUCACAGUAAUUACAUUUACAUGACAUUUUGGAGGGAAAAUGUCAAGCAGUACUCAAAUUGGACAUUUAGGGAUGUAGUUUUUAAGGGGUGUACUUACUUUUGUUGCCAGGGGUUUAGAUGUUAAUGACCAUAUAUUGAGGGGGAAAUAAAUUAACUCUAUUAUAUAUGAUGCACACAGACUACUUUUCAUUGUGUCGACGUGUCAUUUUGUCAGUGUUGUCUCAUGAAAAGACAUACUUAAAUAUCUGCAGAAAUGCAAGGGGUGUACUCACUUUUGUGAUACACUGUAUAAUGCAAAUAAGGUUGCUUAUAAGUUGAUGGGGACAGUUUGAGCAUGCGGAAAAGUUUUAGUGUUAUGUCAUUACCGUCCCUAUGCAAACCUAUGCCCUUGUUUUAAAGACUCUCAGUUUUUAACACUAAUUGCAUGCAAAAUUUCCAUUUUCCAAAAAAUGGGCAAUUUGAUGAACCUUGCUUUGGAACUGUUGUUUUUGGCAGCCCUUUUCAUUUUCGUCUUUUCGACAAAAAUACCAAACAAAAUAUUUUUGUUAUGUUUCAGGAAAGCAGCAAUGCUUUGAAGUGUUUUUUUAUUUUUUAUUUUCUUUUUAACUAAUUUGAUUUCUUGAGCAUUUGAUGACUUAUCCUUCACUCUUAUUCAUUCAACCAUCCUCCCAGGGAAAGGACUACAUGCUGGAUUUAUUUUAAGAACGUCAAGUGCACUUUAUAAAAACAUUCAUGAUUUCAGGCGGCUAAGUGACUUAAUAAUAUUUUUUUUAAAAAAACAAUUAAAAAAAAAAAAAAAGAAAUCAGGAACGUGGCGCAAAAGUGUACUCUAUCGUCCUUAAACAUUACCUCCUGUUGAGUAUUUUUGUUCUUCUUUUUGUGUGUGUGUGAGACAGAUUGUUGGAACGCUCUGGGUUCAUUCUGAUCAUUUGAUGUCGCAAAUCUGUUGCUAGAUAUUAUAAAUACCUUAUUUAAUGUAUAGCAAUUUGUGCUUGUAAUAUUUGUACAAAUAUUUUCUAUGUAAAAAGCCUCUUUUGUUCUUUGUUUUUUAAUACAGCCUUCAGCUGCCGAUACAGAUGUAUAUAUUUAUAUUUUUUCAUGUAUAAAGACUUUUUUUUUUUUUUUUUUAUAGGGCCGAUACAUUUUUUUUAAAUGUUGUAAAAAUUCAUAUUUUUGUAUUGCAUGUGAAUCAAUGGAAGACAAUAAAAAUGAAGCUUGUCACGUCACUCGUAAUGUCAUUCAUCAUUUAUCGCCAUUGACGAGAAUGGACGUCUGUUUCGGUUGAACUGGGGUGCCUCACAAGAUGUCUUGUUGUCAUUGGGAGGUCAUCAGUUAACAUACACGACUCCCGUUGUUCUGCCUGACAGGCACCUUAUAGCUUAUUCAUACUUUACAUAUUUUGACAUUGGCGCCAUCAAAAUGGAAAUUUGUGAUUUGUGUGAUUGAGUGUGUGCACUACUGCACUUGGCUCACUUUGGUGUUGGCGGUCGCAUUGUUUAAGUACGAACAAGUUCCGUUCCUACGCUGGCGACGUAAACCGAAUUUCCGCUUAAAUCGGAAUUAACACUUUAAAGUGCCUGCGACAUCCGAAAAAAAAUCUUGAAUUGCAUUAGUAUGUGAAUUCAUAUAUCAUUCAAAUUAUAUUUUGAGACGAUUCGACUAUAUACAACAAUUUGGCAAAGCCAGUGCUUCUCAAUUAUCUUC